CUGCGCGUGCACAUUGUGCCUUUGCUUCAACUAUUGUACCAUUUGAGCCAUGGCCAUUCGUAGACGUCGGCAGAUCCCCCACUGUUGUGUGGUUCUUUGGCUGGGUGCUUGGGCUUGGAGCUGCGGCCGAAGGAGGCUGUUUAGAAAGAGGUUACUUACAACGUGCCCAUCAACUACUUGUUGUUUUUGCCAGAGUGCAGACUGGCCGCUGGCAACAUGACUUGAGAUGGCAGUCUUGCAAGAUAGGACCACAUUUGCUUGUGGCCGAGCUUGGGGCAUACAGAGGGCUGCGUUUGAAUCAGCUCCGGACUGGGCAAGUGAUGCCUCGCAAAAGCCUGCAAAGGCCACUGCUGAUCAAGGAAUUGACGGGCAAGCAGAUCCUGCACAGCGAACAGUUGUAGAUCGGAUCAUUGCAGACAUGGCUUUAGAUGAUCCUGAUGUUGUGGCAGGAAGGAUUUCUUCUGGAAAGAUGAACUUUGAAGAUUUUAUUGCAACCACAACAGUGAUGUCACAUGCUGAUUCAAGUGCCCUUUCAAUUCCAACAGGUUACGAAAAGAUGAUUCAAGCUAUGACCUUGGAAGAGCGGAGAAACCCACUGCUUUUCUAGGAGUCGACGCCGCAAGUUGAGGAGCGCAUAUCAAGAAUAGCAAGA